CGCGAGGGGGUGGAGACUAGGCCAGACUGUGGAUGUGGCUCGGUACAAAAUCCCCACCCAGCUGCCAUCAGCCUCCCUCUCCGCGUCCCGAGGAGCCGGGCGCAGCCUGUGCCUUGCCCAGUUUCCUUUCAAGAUGUCUACAGUCCAUGAAAUUCUAGGCAAGCUCAGCCUUGAAGGAGAUCAUUCUCUUCCUCCAACUGCAUAUGCCACUGUCAAGGCAUACGCGAACUUUGAUGCUGACAGAGAUGCUGCAGCUAUUGAAACAGCCAUCAAGACCAAAGGUGUGGAUGAGCUCACCAUCCUCAACAUCUUGACGAACCGCAGCAAUGAACAGAGGCAGGAUAUCGCCUUUGCCUAUCAGAGGAGAACUAAAAAGGACCUUUCUGCAUCAUUGAAGUCAGCUUUAUCAGGUCACCUGGAGACAGUUAUUUUGGGCCUGUUGAAGACACCGGCUCAGUAUGAUGCUUCUGAACUGAAAGCUGCCAUGAAGGGCUUGGGAACUGAUGAAGAUACUCUCAUUGAGAUCAUCUGCUCCAGGACAAACCAGGAGCUCUGUGAAAUUAAUAAAGUCUACAGGGAAAUGUACAAAACAGAACUGGAAAAGGACAUUAUCUCUGACACCUCUGGCGACUUCCGCAAGCUGAUGGUUUCCCUGGCAAAGGGUAAAAGAUCUGAGGACACCUCUGUGAUUGAUUAUGAGUUGAUUGACAUGGAUGCCAGGGACCUCUAUGACGCUGGUGUGAAGAGGAAGGGAACUGAUGUUCCUAAGUGGAUCAAUAUUAUGACUGAAAGGAGCAUCCCCCACCUCCAGAAAGUGUUUGAGAGGUACAAGAGCUAUAGCCCUUAUGAUAUGCUGGAGAGCAUCAAGAAGGAGGUCAAGGGAGACCUGGAAAAUGCCUUCCUUAAUCUUGUCCAGUGCAUUCAGAACAAGCAGCUGUAUUUUGCUGAUCGAUUGUACGACUCCAUGAAGGGCAAAGGAACCCGUGAUAAGAUCCUGAUCAGGAUUAUGGUCUCCCGCUCGGAGGUUGAUAUGCUGAAAAUUAAGAGUGAAUUCAAGAGGAAAUAUGGAAAAUCCCUCUAUUAUUUCAUCCAGGUAAAUCAUGAGGCUCCUUGUUAUAAUCCAUGUCUGAGGUUUUCAGAGGCACCCAGCAUUGGUCUAAGUAUUCCUGCUAAAGUCAGUGGGAAUUUUAUCAUUGGCUUCAGUGGGAGCAGUUGGAUCAGUGUCUCUCACUUCUGAAAAUCCCACCCUUAG